AUGUCAGAGUAUACAAAUGAAGAUUCUGGAGCAGGAAGAUCGGUGGAAGAGAAUCCAAAUGAACAAAGAAGUCAAUCAGAAUUAACGCUCGUGAAGUGGCAGUCCUCCGAUCAAGUGAAGACUAGUACUCCUUCAUCGUCGCCCCCAUACUUGGAUAUUGACAAUGAUGACGAUGAUUUUGGCUGGAGUCAUUUGGCUCAAUUUACUGUAUCUCUGGUGAAUAAAUUAGAUCCAAAGAAAUCGAAGCAUGCAGAUUUAAUAUUUCGGUUUAGGAAGAAAGAGACUGCUCGGGGAUGGAAUGAGUUUAUAGAGUUGCCUAAAUUACAUGAAGGGUUCAUAUAUGAUUCUGAUUCUCUUUUAAUUGGAGUUCAGAUUCAGGUGAUCAGAGAGAGGGUGGAUCGACCAUGGCGUUGCCUUGAUUAUGAGUAUAGGAGGGAAGUUGCAACGGUGUUUAAGCCAGAUGUAGAUCUACCUUUAUUCUGGUUUGUGGAAGAGUAUAGAAGAGAGCUUAUUAAAAUAACAGAGGACAAGCUAAACUGGAACAGCUUUGGUGCCUUCUGGUUAGGGUUGGACCAAAACUCAAGGCGUCAGUUGUCUCGGGCGAAAAGGGACGUGAUUCUAAAAGAAGUUGUUAAAAUCUUCUUCAACGAGCACAAAAUCACAUCCGCUUUUGUGAUGGAGUUCUUGUAUAGUGGUUUGAAGGCUCUUGAAGGCCAAACGGAUACUGACGUAUUGCCAGCUCCAAUGGUUACUGUGGAGGAAGAUAUGUUUGUGUUAGCUGAUGAUGUGAUGUCACUCAUACAGAGGUUUUGUUUGGAGCCAUUCCUCAAAAGAUAA